AUGAAGACCUCCUUCUGCUCUGCUGCCGGGCUCGUUGUCGCCGCUGGUUUCAUGUCGUCGACCGCCCAGGCUUCCGGCGUCGUCACUGCACAGCAACAAAUCACCAUGUUCAACCCCGAAGACUUCGUGUUCACCCUCGGCGGCCCUGAGCCUGAUGCCCCGGUGGACGGCUUCCAGAUCCGUGCGGCCACCCUCGGCCAGAUCCCUGCUCUGGAUGGGCAAGGCAUUGCCAUGGCCCUCGUCAACCUCGACGCGUGCACCAUCAACCUGCCUCACAUUCACCCUCGCGCCACCGAGAUGCAGUACGUCAUCAACGGCGAGCACCUCCGGGUGGCGUUCGUAGAGGAGAACGGCGGCGAGGGGGCAGUUGUCAACGACCUUUCCCAGGGGGACGUGACCUUCUUCCCUCAGGGACUCAUCCACUACGAGCAGAACCUUGGCUGUGAGCCGGUGACGUUCCUGGCCGCUCUGAACAAUGACGACCCCGGUGCGGUUACGAUCACGACUCGCUUCUUCGAGCUGCCGAGCGAGGCCAUCCAGGCUUCGUUGAACUUUGAAGAUCCCGCUCUCCAGAGGCUGAUUGAGUCACUCCCUGACGCUCCGGCGGCGGCUCGCCGCCAGUGCCUUGAGAGGUGCGGGCUGGCUGACGGGGGCGACGGCUUCAGCUACAGCUACGGAUACUAA